AGAUUUUACACGAGUCCCAUCGGAUGGGGGGACAAGGUUGCAGUGGGGCUUGAAAUUAGGUUUGCUGAAGUUUGAGAGAAGACGCCUUCAUUACAGCGUGACCUCUACCGGGGGGAGGGGCGGGGCGGGGAGGAGCAGGCAGAAAGGUUCUGCCAGUGCUUGUGAGGAGACUGAUCUCUCCUUGACUGGAUGACUUCCGCUUGGCUUUUUUUUUUUUUGACGUCAGCUUUGUAAGGAUGACCCGCCUGGCGUUUGCCAGGAGGAGGACAGUUCCGUGCUGAUCCAGGAAGUGAGAGACAGGAAACGAGAGAGAAAGUGAGACGUGUGGGUCUCCAGGACGAUGUCCUGGAAGAGGAACUACUUUGCGUCAGGCAGCAGCGGGAUCCAGGGCAUCCUGACGCCCAGGAGCAUGACGUCCAUCGCCCCCAGCAAGGGCCUCAGCAACGAGCCCGGCCAGAACAGCUGCUUCCUCAACAGCGCCCUGCAGGUUCUCUGGCAUCUCGACAUCUUUCGGAGGAGUUUCAGACAGCUGACCAGCCACAAGUGCAUGGAGGACUCCUGUAUCUUCUGUGCCCUGAAGAGCAUCUUUGUGCAGUUCCAGUUCAGCAGUGAUAAGGUGCUCCCGUCAGACGCCCUGCGCACCGCUCUGGCCAAGACCUUCCAGGACGAGCAGCGCUUCCAGCUGGGCAUCAUGGACGACGCAGCAGAGUGCUUCGAGAACAUCCUGAUGCGGAUCCACUUCCACAUCUCUGCCGAGACCAAGGAGGACAUCUGCACGGCCAAGCACUGCAUCCCACACCAGAAGUUCGCCAUGACGCUGUUUGAGCAGUGCGUCUGCAGCAGCUGCGGUGCCUCGUCAGACCCUCUCCCCUUCAUCCAGAUGGUCCACUACAUCUCCACCACGUCCCUCUGCAACCAGGCCAUCCGCAUGCUGGAGUGCCGGGAGAAACCCACGCCGGACAUGUUCGGGGAGCUGCUCCGGAACGCCAGCACCAUGGGGGACCUCCGGAACUGCCCGGCUAGCUGUGGGGAGAAGUUGAGGAUUCGGCGGGUGCUGAUGAACUCUCCGGAGAUCAUCACCAUCGGGCUGGUGUGGGACUCAGACCACUCUGACCUGGCCGAGGACGUCAUCCACAGCCUGGGCACCUGCCUGCGCCUGGGCGACCUCUUCUACAGGGUCACCGAGGACAAGGCCCGGCAGGCCGAGCUCUACCUGGUGGGCAUGGUCUGCUACUACGGCAAGCACUACUCCACCUUCUUCUUCCAGACCAAGAUCCGCAAGUGGAUGUACUUCGACGACGCGCACGUCAAGGAGAUCGGGCCCAAGUGGAAGGACGUGGUGUCGCGGUGCAUAAAGGGGCACUACCAGCCGCUCCUCCUGCUCUACGCGGACCCCCGCGGGACCCCCGUCUCCGUGCAGGACCUGCCCCCCCACCUGGACCUGCGCCACUACAACAAGGCCUACUACGACAGCGAGGACUCGGGCCGGGAGCCGUCCAUCUCCAGCGACACGCGGACGGACUCGUCGACGGACAGCUACUCGUACAAACACUCGCACUCGCACCACGAGUCCAUGGUCAGCCACUUCUCCUCCGACUCGCAGGGCACGGUCAUCUGUAACCCUGACAACGACACGGCCUCGCAGAGCAGCGUGGAGACCGCAGGGCAGGGGACGGACAGUGAGCCGGCGCAGAGGCAGGCGCUGAGGAAAGGCGGGACUUUGGACAGGAAGGGCGGGUCCGGGGACAGGAAGCGGAGCUCUAGCCGGCCGCGGCGCUUUGAGGACAGGGGCCGCGCCCCUAAGGCGGAUGAGGCGUCCUCCGUGGGCUACCACAGCGAGGGUGAGACUCUGAAAGAGAAGCAGGCCCCGCGUACGGGCCUGAAGCCCUCCUCCAGCAGGCUGCAGUUUAAGGAGACCAUGAGCAACAUCAUCCACAGCCGGCCGCUGUCGGCCUCCAGCCUGGGCCUGGGGGGGCGGGAGGCGCCCUCGCGGGGGCGGGACUGGGACGUGGAGAGCACCAGCAGCGAAUCCAAGUCCAGCUCGUCGGGGGGCGGGCGGUGCCGGCCGCCGUGGCGACCGCGGCGCGAGGCGCUGAACAUCGACAGCAUCUUCAGCCGGCGGCAGGCCGGCUACAGCCCGCUGGGCUCCGCCCCCCUGCACGAGGACGGCGACGCCGCGGGCGACGGGGGCGGGGCCCGCGCUGGCGGGGGCGGGGCCGCGCGCCCGCACCCUCCCCCGCCCCAGCCCCGCCUCAUACAGAGGAUGGAGAGCGGCUACGAGAGCAGCGAGAGGAACAGCAACAGCCCCGUCAGCCUGGACAUGCCGCUCAGCGACACCUGCUGCCCCAGCCUGCACCGGGAUGGAGGGUCCCGGAAGCAUUUUGGUGCGGGCCCGUCCUGGCGCAGCGUGCCCAAGUCCAAGAGCAGCAGCGCCCUUCUGCAGGACCUGAAGGCAUCCACCCGGGGCAGCAGCCACCUCAGCCUGGGUGGUGAAGGUCGCAGUGAGCUGGACGAGCUGCAGGAGGAGGUGACACGUCGAGCGCGGGAGCAGGAGCUGCAGAGGAAGCAGGAGAAGGAGCGGGAGGCGGCCAUGGGCUUCAACCCCAGGCCCAGCAAGUUCAUGGACCUGGACGAGCUGCAGAACCAGGGGAAGGGCGAGGGCUCAGAGCGAUGCCUCUCGGAGGCUGACGCUCUCUUAGAGCAGUCCCUGCAGCUCGAGCAGGCCGACGAGAUGGCCGCCGCCCUCGCAGUGUGUAACCAAGCUGUGUCUAAACUAAGACUUACCAUGCAUGAAGGCUGUGCUAACACUCAUAGCAGAGCAGUGGCUGAUAAGAAGCUGCACAGGUGCAUGAGGAGAGCGCGGGGUCUUCAGGAGCGCAUGCAGCAGCAGGAGCAGCAGCAGCCUCAGCCGCAGGGCGAGUCCAGUGAACAGCCUAUCCCGGUCCAAAUACUGCUGACGGACGCUCAGGUGGAGGACCAGGAAGCUGAACAGAACAGCAGCCUUGGCCCGCCCUCUCCUCUCCAUGUUAAGCCCCUCCCCUCAUGUAGAAAUUUGCCCCCCGAAGCCUUGAGCCACCCGCCUCCCUGCCCCCCCCACGCCGGGCAGUUCCCGCGGAAACCGGGCCCCAAGGAGGAGGGCGCCGAGCGCCCGGCCCCGCCCCCAGCCGCUGGAGAGCGCCCGGCCCCGCCCCCAGCCGCUGGAGAGCGUGAGAUGAGAGGGGAGGGGCGGGAGUGCCCUCCUCCCUGGGGGAACGCCCCGCUCUCCGACAUCAUCCCGGACCAGCCCCUCCACGUCAGGCCCAUCCCCAAACACGCCGCCGUCUCCCUACCCUCGCUCGCUCUCGACUGGGACGACCCGCCCAUGGAGGGGGAGGCCGGAGCCGGGCCCACGCGGUCCACCCCCCCUCCCGCCCUGGGCCGGGCCGAGGCUUCGGACUGGCACCCUCCCCGCGGCAGCCCCCCGGCGCACGCGCCCGCGCACUCCAACCCCAGACCCUCGCUGCCGGUGGACCCGAGCUCGGAGCGGGAAUACGGCAGCGUCGCGGAGGAGUACCCCCAAACCUACCCCAGAUCCCCCUCCCGCCUGCCCCUCCGCACCCCCCCUCAGGCCCCCCCGCCCCCGCUCUCCGGCACCGCCCGCAGGCCGGCCCCCGCCCCAGACCCCCGAAACUGGUCCUCCUGGAGCCUGGAUGGGCCGGACGUCAUGGACACCCCGUUCUACGUCCCCCCCGACGGGCACUGCGCGCCGGGGCGCCCCUCCUCCCCCGCGGCAGGGGCUGGGCCCGGCCCGGCCAUGCCCGUCGAGCGCUGGGCCGAGAACGUCACGCGGUACUACAACUCCCAGCAUGCCCCUGACCUGGACCGCGGCUCCCCCAGCCCCGAGCUCUCCGAGCUGGACUCUCUGUAUCAGGCCAGCCUGCAGGCCCCGUGCCCCCCCAGGGCCCAGCACACCGGCCCCCACCCUCAGCACCCGCUGGCUGCUGGGAAACCAGCGAUGGUGGCGGCGCGAAAGCUGCUCUCUGGGAUGGGCGCGCCCGGCCGCUCCAAAACCCCCACCGCCGAGAUCGAGAGGAGCGCGUACAGGGCCCCCGUCUGUGCCAGCCCCCCCACCUACCGCCCCCCGGUGAGCAAGAGGCGUGACCGGCUGCGCAGUGAGGACCAGUCGUACAGCGCUGAGAACCUGCGGCGCAUCGCCCGCAGCCUGAGCGGCACCGUCAUCAGGGCCCGACCCCAACCGCUCGCCAGCUCCCACAGCUUCGAGCCCCCGGUCGCCAGGGCGACGAAGCACGCGGACGCCAGGGUCUCACGUCUCGCUAGCCCCUCCCCCCACCUCCCCGCCUCCCACAAUGCCCCUGUGUUCCCCACUGACCCCCAACACCAACACCACCUCCACCUCCAGCACCAACACCACCACCAUCUCCAUCCAGCCCCACCUCCUCACCCGCCCCAGCAGCUGCAGCGCCCCCCUGUGGCCGGGCCUGCCCGGGGACUCCCAGGAGAUCCCCAGAAGGCCCACAAGUUUUUGGCUAUGCUUGACGGGCGUGAAGCUCUCCCCAGCGAGGGCUACCACGGCGGGGCCCUGAGCUACAGCACACUGCCGCGGGCACCGCGACGGGCAGCCUCGGGGUCCUCGCUGCCCAGGGACGGCCCCCAGCAGCCGGCCCCCCGCGGCCACACGCUCUACGCCACCCUGGCCCACCCCCACCCCCACCCCCACCACUCCCACUCAGCCCCCCCCACCGGCCGCCCCGCCCCCUACGGGCAGCCGCCCCCCCCCGGCGCCCGUGAGCAGACCCUCCCCCACUACCGCACCCUCCCCUCACCCCACCGCCCCCCGCCCGAGGGCCCCGCACAGCCCGUCCGGCUCGACGUGCCCCCCGACCGGGACUGGAGGGGGGGGGACUACAGGAAGGCCCCAGCGCCCCAACCGCACGCCCAGCCGCACGCCCAGCCCGGCCCCUACGCCAGGGCCGCCCCCGGCCGCGCCCCGGCCUGCUCCCUGUGCCAGCAGCUCCCCGCUGAGCCCUCGCGCUACUACUGCUACUCCUGCGGGGUGUACAUGGCCCGCUUCCGGCCCACCAGCCGAUAG